AUGAAGUUGAAAUGUUUUUCGCUACUGAAUAUAACAAUUUUGAUAUUGCUGCGUUUGGCGGAAAGUCAUAAAAUGGAAUUUACCAAUGUAAAGUGCAGCACGCUGGAUAAAAAAUUUGGUGAAUUCGAAUAUUGCUUUCUAAAAGCUGCGAACCGCACUUAUAAAUACUUGUCGCUCAAGGUUAGGCUCUACAAGGUACCAGUUCAUAAGUUUUCGGUGAAUGUUGCAUUCCACAAGCGCUCGAACGGUCUUUCGCCGGUUAACUAUAAUAUUACUUUUGAUGGCUGCAAAAUGGUAGAAAAAAUCGGAAAUCCUUGGAUAACAUUUCUGUUUGGAGUGAUUAAGGAGUAUUCAAAUAUUAACCAUUCAUGUCCAUAUGCUCAUGAUAUUAUUGUGGACAAGCUGCCCGCUCAAUUUCUUAAACAACGAUUCAGUGCUUUAUUACCAUUUCCUGAAGGCGAUUAUGUAUUUAAUAGCAAUUGGAUAGCUUACGGCAUAAAUAGAGCCAAUGUCAGAGUCCACUUCUCGUAUACAUAA